CUAUCCCACUCCCCAGGAAGAGGUAGAGGCUCGCGGGAGCCGUCCCAGGCUGCCCCUUCCCCUCCCCUUCUCCCUGGUGGUCCCUAACGAAUUAGGAGGUUUGGUGACCACGUUGCCUGGCAACAGGUCCACUUCCCUGCCUCAUUCUCUACAACGCUUGGUUCCUCACAGAUCCCACUUUUUGCCUGCGCGGCACAGCCCUUAGUCCAGAUGCCACUCAUGCCGAUGGCGUCAGUGAUGGCAGUGGCUGAACCCAAAUGGGUGUCGGUCUGGAGCCGUCUCCUGUGGCUGGCCCUGCUGAGCAUGGCUCUGGGCUCACUGCUGGCCCUGCUGCUGCCGCUGGCAGCUGUGGAAGAGCAGUAUCUAGCCGUGCUUCGAGGCUUCCACCUGCUCAGGAGCAAGCUGGACAGGGUCACCAAGGGCACCUGCCCUUCCACAGAGCUAAGCGUCACCUCCGGAGACGUGGGGCUGCUGACGGUCAAGACUAAGGCAUCUGCAGCAGGGAAGCUGGAAGCCAAGGCUGCACUAAACCAAGCCCUGGAGAUGAAGCGCCAAGGUAAGAGAGAGAAAGCCCACAAGCUCUUCCUGCACGCCCUCAAGAUGGACCCCGGCUCCGUCGAGGCGCUCAAUGAGUUUGGCAUCUUCUCAGAAGAAGGCAAGGACAUCAUCCAGGCGGAUUACCUCUACACCAGGGCACUGACCAUUUCGCCCUUCCACAAGAAAGCGCUGGUGAACCGGGACCGGACGCUGCCGCUGGUGGAGGAGAUCGACCAGAGGUACUUCAGCAUCAUUGACAGCAAAGUGCGGAAGGUCAUGUCCAUCCCCAAGGGGAGCGCAGCGCUGCGCAGGGUCAUGGAGGAGACCUACUACCACCACGUCUACCACACGGUGGCCAUCGAGGGCAACACCCUCACCCUCUCCGAGAUCAGGCACAUCCUGGAGACGCGCUACGCGGUGCCCGGGAAGAGCCUGGAGGAGCAGAACGAGGUGCUCGGCAUGCACGCGGCCAUGAAGUAUGUCAACACCACCCUGGUGUCCCGCAUCGGGUCCGUCACCAUGGACGACAUGCUGGAGAUCCACAGGAGGGUGCUAGGGCACGUGGACCCAGUGGAGGCGGGCAGGCUGCGGAGGACGCAGGUCCUGGUGGGACAGCACGUCCCGCCCCAUCCCCGGGAUGUGGAGAAGCAGAUGCAGGACUUCACACAGUGGCUCAACUCAGAGGACGCCAUGAACCUGCACCCGGUUGAGUUCGCAGCCUUGGCCCACUACAAACUUGUGUACAUCCACCCCUUCAUAGACGGCAACGGGAGGACCUCCCGCCUGCUGAUGAACCUGAUCCUCAUGCAGGCCGGGUACCCGCCCAUCACCAUCCGGAAGGAGCAGAGGUCCGAGUACUACCACGUACUGGAAGUUGCCAACGAGGGCGACGUGCGGCCUUUCAUCCGAUUCAUUGCCAAGUGUACGGAGGUGACGCUGGACACGCUGCUCCUCGCCACCACUGAGUACUCCGUGGCGCUGCCAGAAGCCCAGCCUAACCAUUCUGGGUUCAAGGAGACACUUCCUGUGAGGCCCUAACCACUGGGCGGUAGAGGAAGCCAGGAGAUGGCAUUCAGAGAGCGCUUGCUUCCUAGAAACAUAGCUCACCCCGGCAGCAAAGGAGACCUUUAAACAUUCUUUACCUCUGCAUAUUUUUUAGUUGAGAAAGAAAACUAAAUUAUUGGGCCUGUCUUUAGGGUAAUUUAUAGUUGAGCCAAGUUAUUUAUUUAUUUUUGAGUGAGCAAGCUAGCAGUGCUGGCUGUGGCCACAGUCUGUGGU